GCUUUUUAGAUGGGGUCAGCGACUCCCGUCUGAAAGCUGGAAAGAAGUUGCUUAGAUUUGGCCAUUCUAUUACAUACAUAAAAGUUUAUUUACAGGUGAACCAGCCCAUUAAUAAUUAGUGGGAUGCCCAAUGAGAGUCUGUGGUGGAAAUAACAAGGAGAUUCCUUUAUCUGGCAUUAAGUUGUGGGGGUGGGUGUAUAUAUUUUAUUAGUAUGUAGUGGCUGAGGGAAGAACUCAUUAGGAAUCGAUACUCAAAUGAAAAGAACAGAAAUGGAAAGAGACAGAGAAAGACAGCACUGGGACUGGGAUUGCCCUCAGACUCGGCUACAGCUAGAAGAAUUGUUUUUUAGUGAACAAGGCUACAUCAAGACUAAUUUUGAAGACCGCAAGGAGUUUUGGGUGUUUUUUGACCGCUUUCAAAGAUUCCAGAAGAUGCAGAAGAGAGAUGGGAGAAGCAAAGAGAGGAUAGAUAAGGAAAAAUGUAGCCAGAAUUUAAAGGACCUGCCUAAAGAGUAUGACCCAAGAUAUCGUAUUAACCUUUCUAUCAUCCAGAGCAAGGAUGUAGAGAAGUCUAGACGCAACCGGGAAUAUAGAUCGAGAGAUUGUAGAGCCAUACCAAGGGAGAGGUUAGAGGAAUUCAAGAUGGCUGUUCUGCACUAUUUUGAUUUUACCCAGAAACAAAGCUUUGCAAAGCUUGUCAAGCUUCGCAAGGAGAGAUCGAGCUUGCCCAUCUUUCAGUACAUGGAUAAGAUAAUCAGUAUGGUGCGUGAACAUCAGGUGGUAGUGGUGGCUGGGGAUACUGGAUGUGGAAAGUCUACUCAAGUACCACAGUACCUUUUGGCAGCUGGUUUUGGACAUAUUGCUUGCACUCAGCCACGCCGUAUUGCCUGUAUUUCAUUAGCCAAGCGAGUUGGAUUUGAGAGCCUUAAUCAGUAUGGUUCAAAGGUUGGGUACCAAAUCCGAUUUGAGAGCAGCCGAUCACCUGCUACAAAAAUUGUGUUCCUAACUGAGGGCCUCUUGCUACGUCAUAUCCAAAGGGACUCCACGCUUCCUCAAUAUCAGGUCAUUAUUGUGGAUGAAGUUCACGAGAGGCACCUUCAUAGCGACUUUCUGCUCGGUGUCCUACGUCAGCUACUUGUUCUGCGUUCAGACCUCAAGGUCAUACUUAUGUCUGCCACCAUCAACAUCAAACUUUUCUCUGGAUACUUUGACCAGGCACCGGUACUGCAGGUUCCUGGCAGACUCUUUCCAAUCCAGGUAAUAUACAAACCAAUCCCCCAGGAGGAGGCAAUGUCUAAAUCAGAGAAGCUGGAUCCUCGGCCAUACCUCCAAGUGCUGCAGGCCAUUGACCACAAAUACCCACUAGAUGAGCGUGGUGAUCUGUUAAUAUUCUUAAGUGGAGUGACUGAAAUCAGCAGUGUUCUAGAAGCAGUGCAGGUGUAUGCCACUCACACUCAGCGCUGGAUUGUGCUCCCAUUACACAGCACACUAGCAAUUGCAGAUCAGGACAAGGUCUUUGACUUGGCUCCUCCAGGUGUCAGAAAAUGUAUUAUCUCCACUAACAUUGCUGAGACAUCGGUCACAAUUGAUGGAGUAAGAUUUGUUCUUGAUUCCGGUAAGGUGAAGGAGAUGAGUUUUGACCCCAAAGCAAAGAUGCAGCGUCUGCAGGAGUUCUGGAUCAGCCGUGCAAGUGCAGAGCAAAGGAAAGGCAGAGCGGGAAGGACAGGGCCAGGGGUGUGUUAUCGACUCUAUGCAGAGUCAGAUUAUGAUGCUUUUUCUCCAUACCCUGUCCCAGAAAUCCAGCGAGUGGCACUGGAUUCCUUGGUUCUUCAGAUGAAGAGCAUGGGCCUAGGUAAUCCUCGACAAUUCCCCUUUAUUGAGCAGCCCCCAAUGUCCAGCACUGAGACAGCUAUUUUCUACUUGCGAGACCAAGGGGCACUAGACAUAAACGAGGAACUAACGCCUAUUGGGACACUGCUUGCCAAACUGCCUGUUGAUGUUGUCAUAGGAAAAAUGCUGAUCUUAGGCUCACUUUUCAGUCUAGUGGAACCAGUUCUGACCAUUGCUUCUGCCUUAAGUGUGCAGUCUCCCAUUCUGCGAAACUCAACAAGCAACCCAGAGUGGGGCACUGCCAGAAAGCCCCUGGAGAGUGAGCAUGGGGACCCCUUUACACUGCUUAAUAUUUUCAACGAGUGGGUCCAGGUUAAGGCAAGUCGGAGCAGUAAUUCUAGGAAGUGGUGUCGACGCCGGGGACUAGAAGAACAAAGGUUAUAUGAAAUGGCAAACCUCCGUCGCCAGUUCAAGGAACUUUUGAAGGACCACGGGCUGGUGGAAGAGAAUGAAGGUCACAGAGGAGAUCGGAACAGUCGCCAGCGACAGCAUAGAGAACGCAAGGAGCUACACCAACUCAAAAGACAGCAUGAACGGGUGGAUAAAAGAAAACGUAAAAUGUUAAAGCUACCGGAUGAGUGUGCUGGGUCCUCUAGUGAUGGAGAAGAACAGGCUCACACUGAUAGAAAAGACAGCAUAGAUAUUCAGGAUGUAAAAUUCAAGUUAAGGCACAAUGUGGAUGAAUUGCGUGCCUCUUCUAGUACGGGUCAAGACCUCUCCAGCCAGGAGUUAUCAUUAUUGAAGCUGAUUGUGUGCCAUGGUUUGUACCCACAACUAGGGGUGCCUGAUAGCUUCAACAGUUGUCGCAAGGACUCUGACCAGGUUUUCCAUACAAAGAAUAAACAGGGAGUCGUUCUGCACCCAACUUGUAUCUUCUCCAGCACUCCUGAGCUACUGCAGGUGAACAGCGUAGAGGAAUCUGCUGGGAACGAUUCUGAAAACAAAGGUCAGAGCAGCAGACACCAGAUUGUGGCAUUUGUCUCUCUGCUGGAGACAAACAAACCUUACUUGGUAAAUUGUGUGAGAUUGUUAGCUCUCCAGGGCUUUCUACUCUUGGCCCGAUCCAUUGACACCAGUGCAGACUGUUGCCGUCUUGUGUGUGAUAACUGGAUGGAGAUGAACGUGGACAAUCCUGAAAGUGCUUUGUGUCUGAUCACAGAAGCAGUUCAGUUGAGGGUGGCCUUAGAGAAACUCCUCAAAUCUAGGCUGGAAAAGCCUUCUAGAAGAAAGGACUGCGCAGAAGACGAUUCUAGGACAGCAAGGCGAGAGGCAGAGCGAUUAGGCAGACGCUUGGUGGAUUACGUGAGGCCAGAGGUGAUUUACAGUAUGCGGAGGUUAGCUGCCCUAGAGGCUCAGAACCUGUAUGUGGGACCUCAAGCUCUCGGUUCUGAAUCAAGUCUUCCUGGGGUGUUCAGUGGCGUGGACAUGAAACCAGAUCUUGUAAAAGGAGGAUACAGUGUGACGAGUUUCCUUACAUAUAACUGCCUUGCGAGCGAGACUGAUUUCUACAGUGAUUGUCUGCGUUCCUUCUGGACCUGCCCACGUUGUGGUCUUUAUAUGCCUUUUACUCCAAUAGAAAGAAUGAGCCAUCAGAACAGCUGCAUGGCAGAGGAGACAUCAGAAGGGCCUGGGGAACAGGACAACAAGACAACUUCAGUGACCUCUUUGCACAGAAACUAUCAUUGCGACAUAUGCCAGAAAGACUUGAUGUUGACGCCAACCGAGAUCCUCAAACACAAAAGACAGCAUCUUAAUAGUUCAUGAAAUGCAAAUGCAUUCAUAGGCCUGUUGUGUAUUUGUUAAUAUUUGCUCUGUUAAUGACAUAUUAAAAUUCUUACUUUUUAGUGUA